AUGAUGAAAAAUAAUUAAAAUAUUGAAUAGGGGCUUCAUCCAUAUCAUUAAUAAUACAUUAAAUUGCAUAGAAUCCUUCAUUUCUCAAAGAAAUUAAGCCAAUCAGAGGAAUUACAUUUUAUCUAUUAGAUGAUUUGCUCAAGUAGUACCUUUAUUUACACUUUGCUUUCUCUUACAAAUCCAUAGGAAUUUAUUAUAUUCUUUUGUUAAUGUACAACCUUUAGGUAAAUUUGA